AUGGAAACUGUUUUAGACACAUUAGGGGAAUCCAGUUCUCUGUCCCCUUUGUCCACCAAUGUCCAUGAUGAAGAUUACACCGGACUAGGCGACCAUUCGGAGAACGGCAUUGAAGCAAACCUGAACUCAGAUGGUGAUGAUACUCUGGACCCUGCUACAAGAGAUGAUGAUGAUGACGAAGAUCAUGUUAACAUAGUUUCUUCAUCAAUGACACAUCAUUCAGAAGGUCUGCAUCAUGUUGAGGGUCUGGAGGGUGUGAUAGCAGACAAUGAUGACACAGAACACUCAGAAGCUUUGGAGGAAGACAGUCAUCAGCCAUCUGUGGAUGACAGGACUGUUCUAACUACAGAGGAGGGGCACCUGGUUGCAGACGGACAUGAAGGGAUACUGCUGACAACAGAUGCAGAUGGACAUUUAGCAGUUCCUGUAUCAGCUGAUCAUGUGAUAAGACUUCUAAUGCGCACCACAGAUGGAAAUGUUGUGGCUACCAAUACUCAGAUGGGAACAAUUAAGUUUUCUAUGUCCAGUCUGAUGGGGUCAGUAGAGGCUGAAGAUAUUGCACAGACAGUGCAGGCUGUGACACUCGCUGAUGGAACAACUCUCUUUCACACCAACAAACACAACAUGGCUGGAGAUGAACAUGUGUUGUCCAAGUUUGUUGAAGGGCAGACCAUUAAACUAGAAGAUGGCACUACAGCUUUAUUACAGGCAGCACCCACAGAAGAUUUGAAUGAAGGUCUGCAUGCCAUACAGCUAGAGGAUGGUUCCACAGCUUUUCUUUCUCACAGUAGUCAUGAAACCUUGUUCACCAGUGCCUCACAGCUGGACGCUUCAAGUCUCAGCCUUGACCAGCUGACUAACCAGACAAUACUGGAAGCAUCGGACAAAUCUUCAGAGAGAAAUCUUGUCAUAGGGGACAAGGCAUUUAAGUGCAUGUAUGAAGACUGUGGCCGUCUGUAUACUACACAUCAUCAUCUCAAGGUUCAUGAAAGGUCACAUACUGGAGACAGGCCAUUUCAGUGUGAGUUUCCCAGCUGUGGGAAGAGGUUUGCCACCGGCUAUGGUCUCAAGUCACACAACCGUGUCCAUACGGGUGAGAAGCCUUAUCCUUGCCCACAUACUGAGAAAGGAUGUGAGAAAGCCUUCAAAACCUCAGGCGAUCUACAAAAACAUGUUAGAACACACACAGGUGAACGGCCAUUCAAAUGCCCCUUUGAGGGUUGUACACAAUCGUUCACCACAUCAAACAUUCGCAAGGUGCACAUUCGAACACACACAGGUGAAAGACCAUAUAUUUGUUCUAUGGAAGGAUGUGGUCGGGCGUUUGCAUCUGCUACAAAUUACAAAAAUCACAUUCGAAUACACACAGGUGAGAAGCCAUAUGUGUGUACAGUUCAAGGGUGUGGAAAGCGGUUCACAGAGUACAGCAGUCUCUAUAAGCACCAUGUUGUUCAUACACACACCAAGCCGUACACGUGUCAUUGUGGUAAAACCUAUAGGCAGACUAGCACACUGGCCAUGCAUAAACGUACAGCACACGGUGAGGACAUACCUCCCGGCAUUCUUGUAGCAGCACAGGAAAAUGGUCUUUCAGAAACAGACGAGCCUCCGACCAAGAAAAUGCUAAUCAAAUCAGAAGUUAGCCACGAGGAUGGGGGAACUGGCCAGAAUCUCAUUGUCACUGCUGGAGAAGCUUCACAGAUGGUGCUGCUGACUUCAGGUGUUGGUACCAGUGAAGCAGCCUUUAUGACAGCAGAUGGUGGUCAUCAGGUUGCUAGUCUAGUCACCCUGCAGUCGCCUGGCAGCCUCACCCUGCAGGACCUGCAGCAGAGUGGCAUCCAUGGACUCACCAGCCUCUCCCUGGGUGAGAAUGGUCAGCAAGUGUUGGUGGUUACAGAUCCUGCUCACAUCGAAGCUUUACAGCAUUUAGCCGUCCAUCAUCUGGAAACUCUGACACAAACAUCAGAAGGAUUAGAACAUAUUCAUGGAACACACGAGGUGGGUGAUGGGGUGGAGGAAGGCGACAUCUCUGACACAGCCGAGUCAUCAGCGUUGUCACAACAAUAA